UGUUUUUACAUGCCAACCAAUCAAAUUAUUGUUUGUGUGUUGUCGCUGUCCUGUCAGUGGAUCAGUGCAUGGAUUCUUUUCAAAAGUGGCUAUUUUAGAGGAAAUUUGAAUUCUUUUGCACAGUAAACGAAUUCAAGACACUUAGUAGAAACCAAGUGCUUAAUCUAAGGGUCAUGAAGGAAAGCCUGCGGGAUUCUAUCAUCGGUGUGGAGGUUACCAAAGAUUCAGAUGUUUUGAAACCUCUUGGAGAGAGACUCAACGAACCUAUGAAGAAGAAGAAGAUACCACGUCGAAUUCUUCAUUUCAGUGAUGGUACGCUGGAAGAAUAUAGUACUGAUGAAGAGGAGGAUACACCUGACUACAAAACAGACAAUAAAAUUACACACAUUGAUCCAAGGCAGAUGACCUGGUUUCCUUGGAUGUGGUACCAGGCUGGAACUGCAGCUUCUCAAACUCUCCAGGUGUGUGAUUACCUUGGAGAAUCACUUGCUAGCUUUUUUGGUAUUACAACACCAAAGUAUCAGUAUGAGAUUGAAGAGUAUCAUCGAAUUGUUGCAGAGGAAAAGGAAAUGCAAAGAAAAAUGGAUAUGGAAAUGGGAGGCUGGGUAUCCUCCAGUCAAACUGAGACAGUGGGCAGUCAACCCGAGAUGUCGCAAGCUAGGCUUUGGACUCAUGGACAGAAGGGAAGACCUGUCUAAAGGGCCCUAUAUAUGGUAUAUAGAAUGUUACAAAAUAAAAUCAUAUUAUGUAGUCAA